AUGCAAAAAUUUUUAGUGUUUGUGUCAAUAGUCAUUACAUAUAGUGAAAGUGCCGCAUAUUCUGGAAGUAGUGGCAGUAGUGGUGGUUAUGGAAGCGUUAGUAGUUUUGGUGCUACAAAAGGAGACAGCGGAGGAAGUUUUGGUGGCGGCUAUGGUGGAGGAGGAGGAGGAGGAGGAGGAAGUUCUCAAGGAUUCGGCAAUACUGGUCCUAUAGAAGCAGCCAUUGAAACCCACCGAACCGUUGAAAUAAGACCGGUUCAGAUCCCAUCAGAGCCGGCACAGCCUCAGGUCAUAGAAGUUCCGUCAGAAGAUCUCCCGGUGACCGUUCAUUUCAAGUCACAAUCGAGUCGUGUGUUUGUACAACAAACACAUAUUCCAGGUGUUCCCGGAGAGACUGAACACACGCAAAGUGAAGACGAACCACACCGAGUGGUCCACGAAGUGGUUAAACCAGUCAUCCAAGAAGUACGAGAAAUCAUUCAACCCUACAGACGAUUAGUACAACAAAUUCAACCCGUCAUCGAACAAACACAUACCAUAAUAGCCAAAGGAGAACCACGACAACAAUCAGGCAGUAAUGGUGUUGUAGGUCCAGGAGUGGCACAAAUAUCAUCACAAGGUUCAGGUACUGGUGCUGGAUAUUCAUCAUUUGGUGGUUCAUCAUCUUAUGGCAGUACAACAUCAGGUACAGGCGGUUCCAUUUAUUCAUCCCGUUCCGCAUCUUUAUUAUCGCCAUCCAGUGGUACAACAAAAGACAGAACUGUUUCUGUAGAUUCAACGGGUGCUUCCAAUUCUCGCAUUAAAUUUAUUGAUUCUUCAUCCCUGUCCAGUGAUACAACAGGUACUACAAGUGUUAGAAGAUCGGCAAUUGUUUUGAUAGCGUGUCUAUCAUUAAGUGAAUGCUUCGGAAAUGGAUUUUUCAGAAAUCGAAAAUCUAACAGAAGAAUGGGUUACGGAUACGAACCGAUGAGUUCAUAUGAAUCCAUGGGUUAUGAUUCAUAUGAACCUUAUAAGUCAUACGGAGAAGAGUUGGGACACGAUUUGCUAUCGGAAUAUACAUCUGAUUACGGAAUCGAGUCAUACGGCGGCGGUUAUGAUAGCUAUUCACCAAAAGGUAUGAAAUAUAUGUCGCCACCAAAGUAUUCAGAUUAUGGUAACGGAAAAGGAGGCGGAGGUUAUGGCAGCUCUAAACCACCCAUUUAUAUGAAAAAAUCAUACGAAAUGGCACCGUUAUAUGGAAAGGGAUACGGAAAACAAUAUGAUGUCAAAGUACCCACUGGUGACUCACCCGUCAAAGUAAUGUUCCUCACACAACACACACCCGUUCAUAUCCAACAAAAACAUAAGAGAGGACAACCCGAAUACAAAAAGUCAACGACUCAUGAAAAUCCAUCAGUAGUUGUUCACGAAGUGAUUAAACCUGUGAUCCAAGAAAUUCGCGAAAUUAUAGUUCCGUACAGAAAAGUCAUCCAAAAGAUAGAGCCCGUCAAAGAAGAGGUCAAGACUAUUGUUGCCAAAAAAGAUGGAAAAGAAGGAUAUGAUAGGGACGAGGAUGACGAUGAAGACGACAAAUAUAAAAAGUGGAUUAAAAAAGAUGACGACAACGAGGAAUAUAAAAAAUAUAGAAAAUACCAAAAAGAUGACGAACAAGAAGAUAAAUACAAGAAGUAUCAGAGAGAUGACGACGACAGCGAUAAGUAUAAGAAAUAUAUGUCGAAAUACAAAGACGACGACAAGUCUGACCGCUCAGGAUAUUCAUAUCAAUAUUAUGAACAAAUGAAAACCGAUAACUCAAACAAUAAUCAACAAUCAUCAGGAAUUGGUGUCCUCUCAUCACUGGCCGGUUUCACCGGAAACAGUCCAACAAAUAAUGGACUGACUUUAGCAGCCAUUUAUGGCAGUGAACAACAAAAUGAAAAGAAGUCAUCUUAA